GAAGCCGCCGCAGAGGUUAAGAUCUUAAAGGAACAGCUGGACGAUAUGAAGAAAAGGGCGGAAAGGGCACUGAUAGAGAUGUCUUUGUCAACUUUGCAGUCGCUUGUUUCAAAAGCUCAAGUAAUCUUUGAUCUUUACAGAGCCUUAGCGGCUCUAGAGCAACUGGUAGAUCAUGUAAGGGACUGCAAAGAUGAGAGAGCCAAGCGUUGCAGUAUUAUCUUAUACCAAUGUCGUCCCCUGCUAAAUAGCCCCGCCAUGCAGUCAGUGCUGAUUAAGCUCGUCGCUGAUAAAGAGGAAGCAGAGUUGGCCCAAGUCAGCUUGUUUUUGUUUUUAGAUUAG